AUGAGCUGUCUGGAUGACGUACCUUUUAAAAUGUCCAAGAGCUUUGAAGAUGACUCUGCGGAAGGCACCAACUUAAUCAGUUUAGCCGACUUUGAUAUUCCUGACUGCACGGAGAUCCUAGUGCGCACAAUGCAUGAUUUCUCAUUAGAAAGAAAGGUGCUUUACUGGAUUGAGGCUGCUUCUGGGCAAGCAACUCACUGGUAUGAAGUUACUACUGAUGUUGUGCCAACAGCUCCACCUUGCUGGCUGCUUUUGGUUGAUCCUAAAGAAAACGAUGUCAUCAAUACACAGAACGAGGAGACAACUGGUGGGAAAGCAAAGGAUGGUGUGACACCCACAACCUCUGUUCGGAGAUGUGUAAGCCUAAGUGCUGCUGAUGUGAAAUAUGGCCCUCCCCCGCCCAGAGGUGCACCAUCUGAGACGGAAAGUGAGGACUGGUACUCUGAAGAGAAUGAGUAUUCUGAGGAUGAUGAGUAUUCCUCAACUACCGGUGAAGAAAGCAACAAAGAAGAAGAAAACAUUUUGGACAACAAAUUUGUUGAAAGCGCCAUGCCUCAGCAUUCCAGAGUUCACCAGUUUAGGCCAAGGACUUCUCCGGUAUUGCUAGAUCCACCUUCCGAAAACUGCUGCCACAAGCCAGUUACCGCAAAUCUGAUCAAGCAGAGAAGAUCCAUGAUUUUAUUUAAUAAUAUGAAGAAUGAGUUGGAAGAAGCCAAAAAGAAGUUAGCUGCUUUAGUGCAUCCUUUAAAUAGAGCAUCUGUUGAAAGGAAUCUGGCUCCAAGACCGUUUUCUCUUUACCAGCGCUCUCGAAGUAGCAGAAAUCUUAGCUAUGGACCUGCCUCGGAUGUAUCCUUGAUGGGAACUUUAACCCCAACACCUCCACCUACGCCUUGCUGCAGUCCCAGGACACCUUCUGCUGCUAGAUCAAUACCUCCAAUAAGAAACCAUAAACCCACAGUUGCGUCCCUCAGCCCCUAUUCCUGCCUUCCACCCCCUUCUGCGGCUCUGCGACAUCCAAGUUCCCACAGAACUCAUCCAGAUUCAACAGCUGACCUCCUCUCGGCAUUAAGCCAAGAGGAACGUGACCUUAUUGAGCCAGUAAUAGCCUUGGGUUAUCCGAUACGCAGAGCAAUCAUCGCCCUCCAGAAGACGGGAAGACAAAGUUUAGGUCAGUUUCUCAGUUACCUUAGUGCCUGUGACAGGUUGCUGAAACAGGGCUACGAAGAGGGGCAGGUGGAAGAGGCAAUGGAAAUGUUCCAGUACUCGGAGAAGAAGGCAGCUGAAUUCCUGCAUCUUUUAGUGCAAUUUGAGGAUAUGGGUUUCCAGCAAGCCGAAAUCAAAGAGGUUCUUCUGCUUUAUGAGAAUCAUAGAGAUAAGGCACUAGAAGAGCUGAUGAUACGAACACAGUGACCAAAUCUCUGGUAACAGUGACAUCUUUUCAUCUCUAG